ACGGAGCGCGAAUCUCGUUCGUUUAGUUACAAGGAGGCAUUCACUGGGGUGAUUAAGCAGGAAAAUAUUCUGAAAUAAACCCAUCGUGGUGUAUGGCGGCGUGUGUGGUGUGUGUGAGAUGUUAUAGGUGUGUUCCAGAGGUGUUAUUGUGUGCGAUGCCUCGCGCGACGGGAGUUGUCAGGCUGCCAGGCCGCGUGGUCACUCCCGUGCCGCUGCCUCGCCACAUUUUGCAGGAUUUCCCAGGGAUAUUCGCCUCGCCGAGUGGAAGUGUGGUGGUGGGCGUGUGGCGUGAUGUGGUGUGGUGGUGUGGCGGGCAAGACAGCCCCAUGUGAUGCUUGUGUGUGAUGGUGUGGCGCUACAUAUGCUGUGGCAGUGAUGGUGGUGGUGGGCCAUGUGGUGCUGCGGUGGUGUGGUGGUGUGGUGCUGCCGCCACACCGGCCCCAUGCCGUGGUGCUGUGGUGCUCAGGGAGUGCAGUACAGGGCGGGAGAUCAGCAGCAGCAGCACAGGGUGGGGACGGCAGUCGGCUUGUGCCGCACAGCUGUGGCGCCGCACAGCUGACACCGCCAAUGUGCUGCUGCUCCACGUGUUGCCCCACAGCUGAUCUCCGCGCUGUGAUGCAGCAGUGCAGGGUGUGUGCAGCACAGGCUGCGUGAUGCAGCGUGGCCCAGGCUGGGCUGUGCUGUGGUGCAGCUGGUGCACAGCACGGCACAGCUGCUGCCACUGCCAUGCUGAGUGCAGCAGUUGUGCAGCACUGAGGUGUUCACUGUGUUGCACAGCAGGAGGAUGGCCUUUGUGCCGCCACAGCAUCUGCUAUAAGGAAUGUGCAGCACACACAUCUCUUGUAAGGAAUAUGCCGCACACAGCAGCUGGAGGCACCGUGCAGCACACAGCAGCUGGAGGCACCAUGCAGCACACUGCAGCUGGAAGCACCAUGCAGCACACAGCAGCUGGAAGCAUCGUGGAGCACACAUCAGCUAGAGGCACCGUGCAGCACACAGCAGCUGGAGGCACCGUGCAGCACACAUCAGCUAGAGGCACCGUGCAGCACACAGCAGCUGGAGGCACCGUGCAGCACACAUCAGCUAGAGGCACCGUGCAGCACACAGCAGCUGGAGGCACCGUGCAGCACACAGCAGCUGGAGGCACCGUGCAGCACACAGCAGCUGGAGGCACUGUGCAGCACACAGCAGCUGGAGGCACCGUGCAGCACACAGCAGCUGGAGGCACCGUGCAGCACACAGCAGCUGGAGGCACCGUGCAGCACACAGCAGCUGGAGGCACCGUGCAGCACACAGCAGCUGGAGGCACUGUGCAGCACACAGCAGCUGGAGGCACCGUGCAGCACACAGCAGCUGGAGGCACCGUGCAGCACACAGCAGCUGGAGGCACCGUGCAGCACACAGCAGCUGGAGGCACCGUGCAGCACACAGCAGCUGGAGGCACCGUGCAGCACACAGCAGCUGGAGGCACCGUGCAGCACACAGCAGCUAGAGACAGGUGGUGGUUGUCCCUCAACACAACUGAACAGCCUUUGUAUCACAGCAGCUGCAGGAUAUGAGGGUUGGUCGUCCUCCUCCUCCUCCUCCUCCUCCUCCUCCUCCUCCUCCUCCUCCUCCUCCUCCUCCUCCUCCUCCUGACCUCCAUCCUUGUCCCGCUUCCCUCAUUUCCACUCCUUCCUUCCUUCCUCUCUCUCUCUCUCUCUCUCUCUCUCUCUCUCUCUCUCUCUCUCUCUCUCUCUCUCUCUCUCUCUCUCUCUCUCUCUCUCUCUCUCUGGUGUUCCUCCUCUUCCUCUCAGUCCUUUCCUCCGUCCUUCCUCCUCCUCCUCCCCUACCCCUCCUCCUCUCGCUACCCCUCCUCCUCCUCCUCCUCCUCCUGCCGUCCUUCCCUCUCGUGGAAUCUAGGACACCACCACCACCACCACCACUACAGGUAUACUCCAUGUAAGUAUGUAUAGGAUGUGUGUGUGUGUGUGUGUGUGUGUGUGUGUGUGUGUGUGUGUGUGUGAAAUGGUAAAUAAAGUUGUGUGUGUUUGUGUGUGUGUGUGAUAGUUAAAGAAAAUGCAGUGGUAUGUGUGUAUGUAUGUAUGUAUGUAUGAAUGUAUGUAUGUUUGUUUGUUUGUUUGUAAAUUGCAGGUAAGAUUAAUAAAUAAAUAAUAGAGUAAU